AACGUUAAUGUUGAGCGUGUUGUGUUUUAAGGUUUUGAGGAAGAUGCAGAGACGGCAUAGCAGCAACACUGACAACGUUCCUCCUGAAAGAAACCGGAGCCAAACAGUCAGUUCUGAAACCAGCGUGGAUGAAAGUGGAGUUUUUGAAAGUCUGAAGGCUGAAGCUUCCUCACCGCAACAGCUGUUCUCAGGCCUGGCAGGUAUCCCGUCGGGCACCAUCACAGCCACGCCGUUCCAGUCAGGUUUGGUUCUGGGCUCUUCAGCAGGAGGUGGGGAAGUAUUCAUUCAGAUGCCAACCCCAAGGGAGGAAGGGGCCAGUCGUACAGAAGGAGCCCCGUUUCAUCACCGGCAAUCGUCCCAUCAUUUCCACCAUGGCCAUCACCGGGGUUCAUCUCUACUGCACAUGGCAGGAGGGGACCGCCACGGGCAUGCUGAGGAAGGCAGUGAUGAACAGGCUGGGACUCCAGCCCCAGCUCUUUCAGAGUUAAAAGCUGUGAUCGGUUGGCUGCAGAAGGGACUUCCCUUCAUAUUGAUCCUCCUGGCUAAAGUUUGUUUCCAGCAUAAGCUUGGGAUUGCUGUGUGCAUUGGUAUGGCCAGCACAUUCGCAUAUGCCAACUCAACACUCCGAGAACAGGUUGCUCUGAAGGAGAAGAGAUCAGUGUUGGUUGUCUUCUGGAUCCUGGUCUUUCUCACUGGAAACACCUUGUACUUGCUUUACACAUUCAGCUCUCAGCAGCUGUACAACAGCCUUAUAUUUCUGAAACCCAACCUUGAGAGGCUGGACUUCUUCGACCUGAUGUGGAUUGUGGGCAUCGCCGACUUCGUAUUGAAAUACCUCACCAUCGCAUUGAAAUGCCUCAUUGUUGCCCUGCCUAAGAUCAUCCUAGCUGUCAAGUCAAAGGGAAAGUUUUAUCUGGUUAUUGAGGAGCUGAGCCAGCUAUUCCGCUCCCUUGUCCCCAUCCAGCUAUGGUAUAAAUACAUCAUGGGAGAUGAUCCAUCCAGCAGCUACUUCCUAGGUGGGAUCCUGAUCAUCCUGUAUAGCCUCUGCAAGUCUUUUGACAUCUGUGGUCGCAUGGGAAGCGUGCGGAAGGCACUGAAGGUCCUUUGCACCCCACAGACCUAUGGAGUUCGUGCUACCAGCCAGCAGUGCAGUGAGGCAGGUGAUAUCUGUGCCAUUUGCCAAGCAGAAUUCAGGGAACCUUUGAUCCUCAUGUGCCAGCACGUGUUCUGUGAAGAAUGCCUCUGCCUCUGGUUUGACAGGGAGAAGACCUGUCCUCUUUGUCGUUCUGUCACAGUAGAAACCCUACGUUGCUGGAAAGAUGGCACCACCUCUGCUCAUUUCCAGGUGUAUUAAAACCGAUACGUACCGACAAAUAGAAUAACAUGUGUGGAGAGAAGAAAAAGCUGGAAAAUCUGGUGAUCCCAUGCCCCUACGUAGUUGCCUGUGGAUUUGUUGU